GAAUCAACAAUGGGGCAAAUCUGACUUUUCACCAUUCUUAAUAUUCGAAUGGUACGUGCAAGGCGCUUCCCUUUGGGAUAUGAAAAUGAAACCGAAAGUCCAAGUGGAGUAGGCAGAUCUCCUAUUGAAUCAGAAUUGACCCAUUUUCGUAAUAACGCAAGUCAAUGAUCACCGUGUGCUAAGAAUGAGGAGCAGAGGCAAAUCAUCAGUCAUCGGGUUGCCUUUCGUAUUUCUGUUAUGUCUCUUCUUCUUCCUCCUUGGAUUCCUCACUUCUUCUCUCUUCUCUCAACAGGAUGUACCUGUUGUACGUCCAAGGCCUAGGGCGCUAGAAUCUGUUGAUUUGGAGAAAGACUUUGAUCCCUUGCCAAUUGGUGAGACUGGAGAGCAUUCCCUCACUUCCAUCCCCUUUCAGGUUUUAAGCUGGUACCCACGUGCAUUAUACUUUCCCAAUUUUGCAUCUAUAGAACAAUGCCAAAGCAUAAUUAAGAUAGCAAAGGCAAAUUUGGAACCAUCAUCCUUGGCUCUACGCAAAGGAGAAACAGAAGAUACCACCAAAGGAAUUAGAACAAGUUCUGGCACGUUUAUUAGUGCAUCAGAAGACAAAACUGGAAUUUUGGAUCGUAUUGAGGAGAAAAUUGCAAAAGCGACAAUGAUCCCCAAGACACAUGGUGAGGCGUUUAAUGUUUUGCGGUAUGAAAUUGGCCAGAGAUAUCAGUCACAUUAUGAUGCUUUUGAUCCUGCUCAAUAUGGCCCUCAGAAGAGCCAAAGGGUCGCAUCCUUCUUAUUAUAUUUAUCCGAUGUUGAAGAAGGUGGGGAAACUGUUUUCCCCUUUGAGAACGGACAGAACAUGGAUGGUAAAUAUGAUUUCAGCAAGUGUAUUGGCUUGAAAGUGAAGCCACGCAGAGGGGAUGGACUUCUAUUCUACUCAUUGUUUCCAAACGGUACAAUUGAUCUGACCUCACUUCACGGUAGCUGUCCAGUAAUCAGAGGAGAAAAAUGGGUAGCCACCAAGUGGAUCAGGAAUAUAGAACCGGACGAGUAAAUGCCUCUACAUUGUAGUGUUUUUUCAUUAGUUAUUUGUUGUAAUUUAACCGGAGUACUGAGAAAACAAGCUUUGGAGUAAAUUGAUCUAUAGAAUUGAGAAUUUAUUUUA